CUUGUCCACAUUGUUGUUUCCAGCUUCACGAAGGUAUAGUACAGCUGCUUCUAGUUGUAUCCACCAGAUCUCCUUCUUCGUUCACACCAGGCGCCUCUCGCCAAGUACGAUCUCUUCUGCAUACUCCUGAAUAAUUCUGGACGGUACUCUGCUUAAAGUGACCGUGUGAUUCUUGUGAACCAAUUUUCUCCGGCGUCAGCGACUUUUGCAGUCCCGGUUAUAUCAUCAACAUGGAACAUCAAGCAGCUCACGAUGAGCUGGUAUCCCAGUUCUGUGCCAUGUCUGGCACUGAUGCCUCAGUAGCUCAAGAAUACCUGGCAGCCAGCGAAUGGGACCUCGAAGCCGCAGUGACCGAAUUCUUUGCCGAGCAAGACGAAGCUAUGCAGGGCGCAAACACAGGCUCCGGGCAGGGCAUAGGAGCCGAAACGGGACCGGCCGCCGGUCGCACACUCGGUGGGAGUUCAUCCCAGUCUCCAUCCACUACCCCGCAGCCGUCCUCCUCGCGCAGGACCGGACCGAAGAAGAGAUUCGCGACGUUGGGCGAUUUUGCCUCCGGGGCGGGUGAGUCCUCGGAAGAGGAGGACUCCGUGAAUCAGGACUUCUUCGCGGGAGGGGAGAAGUCUGGCCUCGCCGUGCAGAACCCCGACGACAUCAAGAAGAAGAUUAUCGAGAAGGCCAAGAGAACUCAGCUGCCCUCCUCGGAUGAACCAAGCAGACAGUCGCACUUCACGGGCACAGCACGUACCCUUGGUGGCGAUGACGCUCCGAGCCGGGUAAUCGAAGCCCCGAGCGCGCCGGCUACGCAAGUGCCGCAACGGGUUCAGAGAACGCUUCAUUUCUGGGCCGACGGAUUCUCCGUCGACGAUGGCGAGCUGUACCGCUCCGAUGACCCCCGGAAUGCCGAGAUCCUGGAGGGGAUCCGACAGGGUCGUGCUCCCCUCUCGAUCAUGAACGUACAGUCUGGCCAGGAGGUGGACGUGGAAAUCAACCAGCACGAGGAGAAAUACGUCAAGCCUAAGCCCAAGUACAAGCCCUUCUCUGGCCAAGGGCAGCGACUGGGAAGCCCGACGCCUGGCGUGUCGACCUCUGCCGCGGCUACAGCUCCAGCUCCGGCUCCAGCCCCGGAAAGUCAAGCCUCAGAGCCACCUAAGCCUACGGUCGAUGAAUCUCAGCCCACAAUCACUCUGCAAAUUCGCCUUGGUGAUGGCACACGACUCACGUCUCGCUUCAACACUACGCACACGAUUGGGGAUGUCUACGAAUUCGUGUCUGCGUCCAGCCCCGCUAGCCAGUCCCGCCCGUGGGUACUGAUGACCACCUUUCCCAGCAAGGACCUUACGGACAAGAGUGCUGUCCUGGGGGAGAUGGCCGACUUCAAGAGGGGCGGUGUUGUGGUCCUCUCCGGCAAAGGCGGCGUCGGCAAAUCCUCCGUGACCCUGCAACUGGCCCUGGCGCUCUCCCUGCAAGGCAAAUCCGUGGGCAUCCUCGACAUCGACCUCACGGGGCCCUCGAUCCCGCGGCUAGUCGGCCUGGAAGAUGCGAAGAUCACCCAAGCGCCCGGUGGCUGGCUACCUGUGCCUGUGCAUCCCGGUGUAGAUGCAUCAUCACCUUGCCCCAACAGCCCUACAAUAGCAGCAACAGCAGCAGCAGCAACAACAACAAGCACCAGCACCAACCUCCCACCCGCCCAACAGCAACAGCAACAGCACCAAGAACCCAUCCCCACUCCCUCAACCCCAAAGCCCACCCCCCGCGGCCCCUUACACUGCAUGUCCCUCGGCUUCCUCCUACGCUCCCGCUCCGACGCCGUAAUCUGGCGCGGCCCCAAGAAAACCGCCAUGAUCCGGCAAUUCCUCUCGGACGUGCUCUGGGGGGAGACCGACUAUCUGCUCGUGGACACCCCGCCCGGCACGAGCGACGAGCACAUCGCGCUGGCCGAGCAGCUGCUCACGCUGUGCAGCACCUCCGCGGCCACCGCCACGCCCGAAACACAGACCACGCCAACAGCAACGCAGAACAUGCCCCGCCUCGCCGGCGCCGUCCUCGUCACCACCCCGCAGGCAAUCGCCACCUCCGACGUGCGCAAGGAGGUCAACUUCUGCGUCAAGACGAACAUCCCCACGCUCGGCGUCAUUGAGAAUAUGUCCGGGUAUACGUGUCCGUGCUGUGGGGAGGUGACGAAUUUGUUCUCGAGCGGGGGCGGGGCGGUUAUGGCACGGGAGAUGGGGGUCAGGUUUUUGGGGAGUGUGCCGGUGGAUGUUGGGUUUGGGGCGUUGGUGGAGGGGAAAGGGAUUGGGGGGGAUGGGGAGGGGAGUGAGGAUGAGGAUGAUGAGGAGGAGGACGGGGAGGAGGGGGAGGAAGAAGGAAAGGUGGAUGAUCGGCCGUUGGUGGAGAAGUAUCGGGAGGGGUGGUCUUAUGCUCGGUUUGAGGGGUUUGCGAAGACGUUGGUUGCGGAGAUUGAGGGGUGA